AUGAAGGGUCUCAUGCUGAGUUAUCAAGGUCAAGCAGAGGAAGCAUUUGCGCUGGCUAAGAUGGCUCUCAAGAAUGAUAUGAAGUCGCAUAUCUGCUGGCAUGUCUAUGGCCUGCUCUACCGUGCCGAGAAGAACUACGAUGAAGCUAUCAAGGCGUACAGGUUUGCCUUGAAGCUCGAGCCUGAGUCCCAACCCAUACAAAGAGACCUGGCCUACCUACAAGCUCAGAUUCGAGAUUUCCAAGGAUACAUCCAGAGCAGAGCUACGAUGCUUCAGCAACGACCUGGUGUCCGCCAGAACUGGACUGCGCUUGCAAUUGCUUACCACCUUGCUGGCAACCUUUCGGAGGCAGAGAACGUGCUCACGACUUUCGAAGAGACUCUAAAGACGCCCCCUCCACGAACGGAUAUGGAGCAUUCCGAAGCUAUUUUAUAUAAGAAUAUGAUUAUUGCGGAAUCAGGUAACUUAGAAAGGGCUCUUAAGCAUCUCGAGUCUGUGGGCAAGCAGUGCUUUGAUAUACUUGCUGUUAUGGAAAUGCGCGCGGACUACCUUCAACGACUUGGCCGAACUGCAGAAGCUGCUACUGCCUAUGAAGCUCUACUAGAGAGAAAUCCGGAAAACUCGCAGUACUAUGACCGUCUCAUUGAGGCGAAGGGAAUAUCCAAGGAUGAUCACAAAGCAUUGAAAGCUGUUUAUGAUUAUUGGGUUGAGAAAAACCCUCGGGGAGAUGCACCUCGACGCAUUCCUCUGGAAUUCCUCGAAGGAGAUGACUUCAAAGAAGCUGUUGAUGCAUAUCUUCAGCGGAUGCUACGCAAGGGUAUACCAUCUACAUUUGCCAACAUAAAGACCCUUUACGCCAACCCUGCCAAACUAGCUGUCGUGCAGGAGCUGGUGGAAGGCUACGCUGCCGGAAAGAUUAAUGACCAACCUAACGGAUCUGAAGCAAACGGCGAUGACUCUCGGUUUGAGGAAUCAGUCCUCUACUUCCUCGCUCAGCAUUACAACUACCAUCUUAGCCGUGAUCUCGAAAAGGCAAUGUCAUACGUGGAGAAAGCAAUUGAACUCUCGCCCAAGUCUGUGGAAUGCUGGAUGACCAAGGCCAGAAUAUGGAAACACUAUGGAAACCUCACCAAAGCCGCAGAAACUAUGGAAGCUGCUCGAUUACUUGAUGACAAGGAUCGGUACAUCAACUCAAAGGCCGUCAAAUAUCAGCUUCGCCAUGAUGAGAACGAAAAGGGUCUUGACAAUAUGAGUAAAUUCACCCGGAACGAAACUGUUGGAGGUGCACUUGGUGAUUUGCAUGAGAUGCAAUGUGUCUGGUUCUUGACUGAGGAUGGAGAGUCAUACCUGCGCCAACGAAAGCUAGGUCUUGCCUUGAAACGUUUCCAUGCCAUCAGCAAUAUCUUCGAUAUAUGGCAAGAAGACCAAUUUGAUUUCCACAACUUCUCAUUACGAAAGGGCAUGAUUCGGGCAUACAUCGAUAUGAUUCGAUGGGAGAACCAAUUGCGAGAUCAUCCAUACUAUAUCAGGGCUGCUAUUGGAGGAAUAAAAUCCUACCUACUGUUACACGAUGAGCCGGAUCUUGCCCACGGACCAAUUCCAAUUAACGGAGCUGAUGGCGGCGCGGACAGUGUAGAGCGCAAGAAGGCCGUUAAAAAAGCUAAGAAGGAACAGCAGCGGCUAAAGGAGGCCGAGGCUGAAAAGCAGAGACUCAAGAAAGCCUCAGGAACAGGUGGCGGCGGUGACGCAAAGAAGGAGGACACCGAUCCUCUGGGCUUGAACCUAGUUCAUACCUCUGAUCCACUGAAGGAAGCGAUGAAAUUCUUGGGCCCCUUGCUCGAGGCCUGCCCAGGUAAUAUCGAUGCCCAGACCAUUGGCUUUGAGGUGUAUAUUCGAAGAAAGAAAUACCUACUGGCAAUCAAAUGCCUGCUCGCCGCUCAUGCCAUUGACCCAAGCAACCAAACUCUACAUGCUCAAUUAGUCAAAUUCCGCCAACAGUUCGACGCCGGUGCUGCGGGGGAGCUCACUCCACCAGACAUCAUCGAACUUAUCAACGCUGAAUUCGACCUCCUGCUACCUAGAUCUACUGAUCUAACCAAGUGGAAUGAAGAGUUCCUAUCUACGCACGCAAAGAGCGCCCCUCAUGUCCAGGCAGCACUCAGAGUCCGCCAAAUGCUUAAACCAGAUUCAAAGCCACAGGCCGAAAAGGAUCUCAUCUCGUCGAUUGACCUCGAAACCACCUCAUUAGAGCAGGCAUUAGCUGGUCUUAGCUUACUCGAUGAAUGGGGCAGCACAGCAGAGACAAAGGCUUCGUAUUCUGCUAGUGCUCGCCGCAGAUGGGCUGAGGCAUCUGUUUUUCCUCAGUGA